AUGUCGGAUGGUGGCGAUUCAGAUGGUGCAUUUGAUGGUUUUCAUGCUAAUGCUGCCUAUGAAUUUGACCUCUUCGGCGAUGACUACGAAAGUAGUUUUGAUCCUGUUGAUCAGCAUUUCGAUGAUCGUUCACCUCCGGAUGUUGGACAGACCGAUAGCAGAUCCAGGGUUAGCACAUGUUGGCGAUGCUACAGUUGCAAUGCUGACAACUAUACUUGGUCGACCUCCCACAGCAAGUGGACAUGCAUGGUUUGUGGCUCAGAUGAGUUCUAUGAUGUGACUCAGCCACGUCGGCAUGAGACACAGGAUGGAUGUUGGUUGUACCUGCCCAAGGCCAAUUCAGAUGACAAGCAAUCGACACUUUCAGAACAUGCACCGCCGGAUGACUCUUGGAACGGCGACGGCGAAAGGAACGACAGUGAGGGACAUACUACUGAUCCAAUUGUUGAUCCUGACGCGCUGUCAGUUCAGGGACGUCGACGGCGACGAAGAGCGCGACGAACGAAUCAAACACCGGACACGGAAGUGCCACAGUUGAACAACAAUACGUCAGCCGGAAACGAUCAAAUUGUGGAUUUGUUAACACAACUGGUGGCGAAUCAGAACAAAAAGAGUGACAGCAGCAGUGCAUCAUGGACAUCGAGACAGGGCCCAUUCAAAGGGGUUCGAUGGCGAGGCGGCACACCGCCAUCUCCGCCACCUUGGAGGAACUCCAACGACUUGAGAGCCUUCGCACGUUGGGAGCGCAAGAUCGACGUGUGGAGCAUGCAGAUUAAGCCCUUCAUGCCCAUGUCAGAUGCUGCAUUGAUGUUGUUCACUUCAUUAACUGGUGAAGCAGAGUUGGAAACAGAACAUUUGGACAUCAACAAGAUCAAUACAUCCGAUGGCAUCAAGUAUCUCAUGGAUUCAUUGAGGGAACCCCUGCAGCAGAAGUUGCUUUUCCAGAAGCGCAAACUGCUUGCUGACUACGAACAGGUUGCCCGGUACCCCAACGAGUCGGUUCGUCAGUUCUCCAAUCGAUACGUUCGGGUGGAGAAAGACCUUGCUGCCAUUGGAGUCUCUACAUCUGGAAUGUACGACAGCGAGUCACGUGGCAACCGCCUUCUGGAAAGGACUCGACUGACACCGGAUUUGCAGAGACUUGUUUUGAUUGGAGCUGGGAACACUUUGGAAUUUGAUCGGAUUCGUGAAUCACUCAAUUUUCAAUUUCCUGAUUUCCGUGCUGCUCCACAAGUGAUGGGCCACAACUCUGGCGGAUCCUCAAAAGGGAAAGGCAAAGGCACUUCAUCGACUUCAUCUACGACCUUGUCAUCAAGCCCUUCAGCAUCCUCGUCCAGUACGAGAAGUUCACUGGUCGACCUCGAAGCCUUGAAGAGCGAAAGCGGACUUCAACCUGUGCAGCAUGUGGCCAGACCGGCCAUUGGGCUGGAGAUGCCAUAUGUGCAGCCUCAGCGAAAACCAACUCCAAAGGAGCUGGCAAACAAUCGAAAGAUGGCGGAAAAGGCAACGCUUCAGGCAAGCAUCAGGGGCAAACCCACACCAAGAAGGCCUAUGUUGUCAACUUUCCUGGGGAACUACCUCUUGAAGUACCACAUUCACCUGGGGAAGAUGCUAUAUCCGGUUCAUCCGCAUCAUUGGGAACAAUUCGGCUCAGGAGGGCUGCAUGUUGCGAGCAAGCGGGCAUAUCUCCCAGCAGCAUUACCAGGUCAGCCGACUCAGGGUUUACUGCUUGGAGUUAGUGUUUUGGAAGAUGCUCAGAUUCCUUUUUUGGCUAGCAAUGUCAUGCUUGAGAAGUUGGGAUGUGUCAUCGACACGGUACGAGAGCGUUUGCGUUUCGAGUUCAUUGGUGUUGACAUUCCACUUCAUCGAAAACAUGGUCACUAUGUUGUCAACAUUGCCAAGUUCACGCAACAUGCACACAUGUCAGAUGUUUGGAAAAUCAUGUCAACAGAUGAGUUUUUGAAAAGCCCUGAUCCUGAAGUGAUGAUCGCAGCAACUCUUGCACAAGCGAGUGAACACCCAAUUCGAGAUCCAGCUCAUGCAGCGAGUCACCAACGUCCCACCAGAAUGGCUUCAGCGCUGGCGGAACUUCAUGAUCCGCCUGAUGACGUUGUGUUUCAGGACACUGCGGAGCAUGAGCAGGAUGGUGCGACUUCGAAUGGCACCACGAUCAUGGAUGACCAUGCUGGAACAGCACAACUUGACGUUGGAGUUUCAGGCCGAGAAUGCUUCCAGACGUCGUCCAGUCCCAAGUCUUUGCACUCAUCCAAGCUUCCGAAGGUAUGGAAACAAGGCAGGACGUUUCAGCCAAUGCAACGACUGCCUGCUGAAGUACAAGUACAAUCAAGAACGACAAGGCUGGGAGGUCUAUGGAGAGCAGCCCUCACAGCGCUCAUCACAAUUGCCACUGCCCUCUCCUUCGACCAUCCUGCCAUCAACGAAUCCGAGAGCCAUGGGGUCUCGACCCAAGGCCCGAGCAGCCAGGACAGCUUCGAGGAGCUCUAUGGCACCAUCAGAGGCUAUGACACCAUGGGAGGAAGCUGGGAUGACCUUCGAGGAGUACGAUGCCGCAAUGACGAGCGCACCUCAUCUGGAUUCAGACGAACCAGACGGCUAUCCACCUUACGACGAGGGCUACGAUUGGACAUCGAUCGCCUGAACGAGGACUACUGGGAGCUUGCAGCCGGAUGCUGCAUACGGCAUCACCUGGUGCCCCGCAAUGAGCUCUUUGACCCCUACGACACAGACUGUCCAGUAGCUCUUCAUCGUCUACGACAAGUUGGUGCGGCCGAGAUUGAAUAUGAAGACGGCAAGUUGGAGGUGGUGCACUAUAAUUGGACAAGGACAUCCAACAAGCAGACCUCUUCACCUUGGACUGGCCGCACAGUUUUCCAGUUCAAGGAGUUCAGCAAGAAUGACUUGACGAACGCCUGCAAGCGUGGUCUUCUUCAACGACUACGUCAUGCAGCGAAACUUCAAGAAGUUGAGAAGGUUUUAAUGACCAAGGUCAAACCAAGGUUUCGAAAAUCACGAGUCGACCUCCUUGAGACCUUUGCGGGGGCGGCCAACAUCAGCAAGCAGGCUUCAGCAUGGGGCCUCAAGUCUUUGGAACCGUUGGACUACAACACAGGCUAUGACCUUGCCGAACCUGACACCCAACGCCAGGUGACUUCAAUGAUUUCCAAUUACAGACCACUGCUCCUACUGCAAGGAGUCGAAUGCGGACCUUGGAGCAUCCUUCAGGACAAUACCAACUAUGUUCACCGCCCAGAUGAGCUUGCAGAAUGGCGUGAAACCAUCCGUCCUAUGAUCGAUCAGGUGGUCAAAUGGUGCGAGCAGCAGGAUGAUGAGGGCCGAUUUUGGCUCAUUGAGAACCCAGAGACAAGCAGACUUUGGAAGGAGCCUGCUAUGAGGAGAUUGCUUGCAAGACCAUCGACGAGGACGACUACAUGCCACGCUGGGGCCUAUGGAGCUGUGAACAGCAAAGGCAACAUGAUCAAGAAGCCACACACAUUUUGGGGCAACUGCCCAAAAAUCCUCGAACAACUCGGCGACAAGCUGAAUGCUGAGGAAUGCAAACUAUGUGAACCACUUCAAGGACGAGAAACCACUUUGAGCCAACACUACUGCCAGGGCAUGGUUGAUGCGAUCCUGCUCGGGCUACAUCAGACAGCCGCAGAACAAGAUCCAAUGCGAUCACAUUCCUAUGCAACCUAUGCCAUCGACUCCAACGAGGUGAACCAGUCUUUGGAGGCUUGGCAAGAACUCUUUGACAAGGCCGAGCAACUGUUCAGACAGACCAGGAUGAAGAACAUUGUGCUCGCCCAGAGCGACAACUUUUGGCAGGACGUUCGCAGAUUGGUCCCAUGGCACACCCUUGAAAGGGUCCAGAUAGCAAAACAGCCUGCCAUUCAUCGAUUUCCAACACAUGUGCCUCACACUCAUCGAGGUUCGGCAUUGCUCUUCAACGACGGCUCCAGAGAUGUGACGGUUGAGGACCUGACCGACAUUCGAUAUCCCAAAGGACGAUUCCAAAAACCAGUCAACAUUGGCAUAUUCUUCUUUGGCAUGGCCCAUUCUCCUCAACAAGGACCAGAUCAACAACAGCCUCAACCUGCUUCAGUACAACCGCACGUUGAGGACAAUCCCAUUGCCAGAGCAGAUUUCCUUGAUAGAGACAUCACUUUCCCUGAGAACAAGGACUACAACAACGAUACAAAGAACAUCGUGACAAGACUUCACAAGAACCUGGGACAUCCACCAGCAGCUGAACUGAAGAAACUACUGGCGAUGAACGGUGUUUCCAACCAGAAGAUCCUUGCGGCCGUAGAUGACCUCAUUUGCGGUUCUUGCAAAAGGACCAGAGCUCCAUUGAAACCCGCACCUUCGUCAAUGCCUCAGUCAAACUUCAGACAGUUUGCAGAUGCUAUCCAACUCGACAUCGUCUACAUCCGCGACAUCACUGGCCAGAAUUUCCCUGUUUUGGGAAUUAUCGAUGAAUGCACCCAUCUACACCAAGCAUGCAUCCUUGAAAGCAGACUGCCUGAAGAAGUCCUUCGGAAGUUCGUCCAGACUUGGUCUCAACCUUUUGGAUUUCCAUUAGUCUGCCGACUUGAUGCUGAUGGAAGUUUUCGAGCAGCCUUCGAAGAACAUUUGGACGCCACCGGAACAUUUGCUGACUUCGUUCCACCAGAAGCUCACCACAGAAUGGGCCUGAUCGAACGGCACAAUGCCACCUUGAGGGCCAUCGCUGAGCGCGUGAUUGAUGCGCAAGGCGUUGUGGGCUUCAAUCAGAUGGAAAUGGCCAUUGCAGGAGCCACCUUUUCAAAGAACUCAUGCACUUGGUCUUCCGGACGGCCUCCCUACAUAGCUGCUUUUGGACGGAUUCCACGACAUGGGGGACUAGAUCUACUUUCAGACCAACACGGACUUGCAGUUGGAUCCACACAGGGCCAGAUGCACCAGUUGGCUGACACCUUGAGGGCCGAAGCUCAGCAGCAGAUUGCUGCGAUGACUGUGGAUUCCUCUUUUAGACGAGCUCUUUUGAGGAAAGCCAAGCCAAGCCCCGAGGAUGAGUAUGUCAUCGGCGACACUUUGGCAUACUGGAGAUGGACUACAAGAAGUGGCAAGAAACGUGGUGGCUACAAAUUAGCCAGGAUGUUGGGAUUUGACCCUGACGGCAAAUCCUUGUGGGUUCAGUCUGGAACCAACACCAUCAAGCUGGCCCGUGAACAAGCCAGGAAGGCCUAUGGUUUUGAAGCUUGGCAUCCAGACCCAUCAGAUCUUCAAGCUCUACGUAUGGCAUCUGAGAACAUCAAGAAGGGCAUUUUUGAUGACGAGACCAUUCCUAUUCAGAACGAUCCAUACCAGGAGCUUGGGAAUGAUGACCACCUCAAAGAGACCUUCCUUGAACCUGCGCCACUACCAGCUCUUCAUCCAAUUCAACAACUACAACCUGAACCUGCGCUUCAGGUGGUCGGUGACACAGCGCCAGUCACACCACCUGGCAUUAGCCAACAGGUGCAAGCAGAAGCAACAUCCAAGCCUGAUGCUACAACGUUUCACAAUCAGCUUGUCAAUAUGGCAGCACCAGAAUUCAAACAAGCCUACACGGCUAGCAUGACAGCACCGAAUCAGCACAGCCCACAGCACUGCAAGUUUCACCGUACAGCAACUCAAGCAUCGAUGACCUACACAACAGAAGGCAUCGAACUUAGAGACAAACACUUCGAUGGCACCGAAGAGAUCUACAUGCCACACAAGAGCAACACGUGCUUCAAAGCAUACCAGGCAAAUGCAGAAUAUGAAGGUGACGGCAUCAGCGAUGACUCAGACGUAUCGCAAGAUGACAUGUCCACCUCCAAGGCACAACAACCGUCUCUUACACGACAACAACAGAAAGCCUUGGAUAAAGAACUGCCGUGGAGGACCAUCAUGGAACGUGGGGGCGACUAUCUCCAGGCAUUCAUCGACGCCACCAAAGCUGAGGAGACAUCGUGGAUGCAGUAUGACUCCGUCGAGCCCCUCUCCAAGGCCGAGGCAGACAAGAUCAUGGCUUCAGCUGAAGGACGAAAAAGGAUCUUGAAGUCUAGGGCAGCCUUCAGAGACAAGGCAAAAGGGGCUGGCCCAGUUCGGGCCAAAUGCCGAAUUGUGGCAUUGGGUUGCCUUGAUCCAGAUCUCUACUCACUGAACAGAGACAGUGCAACGCCAACACGUCAAGCUGAGAUGAUCAUCUAUGCCAUCUUCAUCUCAGGUUACAACAAGAAGAUGGGACAAGGAGAAGUCACAUGGACACUAUGGGCAGGAGACGUCAAGACUGCCUUCCUCCAAGGAGAGCCCGAGCCGAGGCACGCUCCACUAUAUCUGUCCCCACCAAGAGAUGGUAUAUGCAUUGCAGCUGGCGUGCUACCUGCACCUCUAUACAGAAUCAAGGGAAACAUCUAUGGGUUGGCUUCAGCACCAAGAACGUGGACAAUGCAUGUCUGCCGACGCCUCAAGGAAUGUGGAUGGCAACAACAUUCACUUGACAAGAUGCUGUUCUUUUUGUACCAGCGUCCAGCCGGCUUCAAGGAAGAAAUCCUGGUGGCCGCUGCAAUUGUCUAUGUAGACGAUUUCUUAGUGACGUUCAACGAAUACUUCAAUCACCAGGAACUCCUCCAACUAUUCAACUGGGGUAGUCAAACCGCUUUGACCACCGAGAACCACUUGGAAUUCAAGGGGAAGGAGAUUUACUUGCGCUAUGACAAGCGCGGGUUCUAUGUCCUGGAGGUUAAACAGCAGAAGUUCAUUGAGGCCUUCAAGAGCGGCAAGAUUAGUGGCAAAAAGGAUGACCCUUUGAAACCCAGUGAUUUCCCAGAGUACCGUUCAGUGGCCGGAAGUUUGCAAUGGGUUUCUGGACAGACGCGUCCAGAUGUGGCAGCGACAGUAAGCUUGCACAGCAAAGGCAGUAAAGCACAGUACAGCGAUUUGCUGGCAAUGUAUGAUGCAGUUGAACAUCUGCGGAACACCAAGACCAAGGGCUUCAUCAUGAACCCCGUGAACAUUAAUCAGUCCACCAUCGUGGUCACCUACUCCGAUUCUUCAUGGGCGAAUGCGGAGAACUAUGCCUCACAGCAUGGAUGUUUGGUGCUCCUCACAGAUACGCGCGCUACUGAAGUGGCAACACAUGGUUGCCUGAUUGACUGGAAAAGUUCAAGGUCAAGCAGAGUUUGCCGUAGCACUCUGGCAGCAGAGGCAAGUGCAGCAGACACUUCAGUGGACCGAUCCAGUUUCUGCAAUUUGAUGAUCUCAGAGAUUUUGCAACGCGUGCAAUCCUUUCGAAUCACUCUUCCUCUGCGAAUGAUCCAGGUGACCGAUUGCAAAUCUCUUUACGAUUCAAUCAUAGCAGAGAAUCCGUCCGUAGAGGACAAAAGGAGCUUCUCCACCUUCCUGGACUCGGAGCCUCCACUGGAACAGACCUCCACGGAUCUGCCAUUGCCACCAGCCGCCCGACGGACAGCUGAGCUGGCCGCCCGCUUCCUGAUGCGUUUGGGCGGGCAAUCCGAGGACCUGGCGAAGUGGGCCGCGGACCCGGACACCGGGGCCGCCGUGCCCGCCGGGGCCCCGGUCAAGUCCAGCCCAACGUCGCUGCUCCGGCGCCAGGAUGGCGAUGAGCCCAAGGUGCCAGAGCACAAGGAGGAGCAAUCGCCUGCAGAUGCGUAUGACCCCACAAAGAUGCUUCCCCAAGCUGGAAAGGACAAGGUGCCAGAGCACAAGGAGCAAUCGCCUGCAGAUGCGUAUGACCCCACAAAGAUGCUUCCCCAAGCUGGAAAGGACAAGGUGCCAGAGCACAAGGAGCAAUCGCCUGCAGAUGCGUAUGACCCCACAAAGAUGCUUCCCCAAACUGGAAAGGACACGGCUGGUGAGUCUGCCAAGGCUGCCGACACUGCCAAUGCCGACGCUGAGGACCCCGCUAAGGCGUUGCUGGCAGAACAGGACCCAGCAAAAGCCCUGGCUGAGAAGGAGGCUGAUGGAAACGCCUUGGAUGCUGCAAAGCUGGAAGGAAACCACGAGGAGCCAGAAGCGACCGCAAAGUUGGCUGAACAUGGCGAAGCGCAUGGAAAAGCAGCAAAGGAAGAUCCAUUGACCGACGUUGUGGUGGACCCUGAAAGUGGAGACAUCUUGGACGGCAAGACAGGGCAGGCCGUUGACCCCUUAAGUGGGGAAGUGGUGGAGGAUGGUAGCUACAUCGAUGACGACACAGGCUUGGCUGUGGAUCCGUACAAAGGCAAGAUUUACGAUCCUUUGACAGGCCAAGGAAACGAUUGA